UGUCCCUGUUCUGUUGACUGGGAAGCCCCUAUCGCUGAGCUGCCAACGCCCGGCGCAGAGACACAAAUAGAAGAUACGAUCUUGAAUGAGUAGCGACAACUGUAAAACUCAGCUAUGCAGACCAUCAAGUGUGUUGUAGUUGGGGACGGUGCUGUGGGUAAAACCUGCCUGCUGAUCUCGUACACCACAAACAAAUUUCCCUCAGAAUAUGUACCAACGGUGUUUGAUAACUAUGCUGUUACUGUAAUGAUCGGAGGCGAGCCCUACACUCUGGGCUUGUUUGAUACAGCAGGUCAGGAAGACUACGACAGGUUACGACCUCUGAGUUAUCCCCAGACAGAUGUCUUCCUCGUCUGUUUCUCUGUUGUGUCUCCAUCCUCCUUUGAAAAUGUCAAAGAAAAGUGGGUUCCAGAGAUCACCCACCACUGUCCAAAGACGCCCUUCCUUCUAGUCGGGACUCAGAUUGACUUGCGGGAUGAUCCUUCCACUAUAGAGAAGCUGGCUAAGAACAAGCAGAAGCCCAUCACCCCGGAGACGGCCGAGAAGCUGGCGCGAGACCUCAAGGCUGUGAAAUACGUCGAGUGCUCGGCCCUAACGCAGAAAGGCCUAAAGAAUGUGUUUGAUGAGGCGAUAUUGGCUGCAUUGGAGCCCCCAGAGCCCAAGAAGAAACCCAAGUGUGUGCUGCUAUGAGAGGUUCCUACCUCCACACAGCGCACACACACACACACACACACACACACACAUACACAUACACAACCACACAUAUUAAAUACAUCCUCCAUCCCCUCCCACACCCUCCCCCCUCCCUCCCCCCUUGCUCUGCUAAGGCUGGCUGACAGCGUCGUCCUCCACAGUGAAGACUAGACAAAAAAAAAAAACAAAACACAGCCUACCAAGUUUCAGAAAAAUUCUCUGCAAUAAUACAAAGCUUCAUCCCCAAGUCUUGAUGAGUUUGGGACGUGAACGUGAACCAACCAAUAACGGUCGAGCAUCCAGACACCGAAGCGCGCACACGCGGUAGAACUCAUCCUGUUCGACCUGUUUUUUUUUUUUUGGGUGAUUUUCAAUCCAGUCAGUGUCGAUUUAUCCGUCUUCGACCGAUGUUUCCCGAGGAUUAUAAGCCCCGCCCCCUCUCCGGCCUCUCCCAGCCGCCUGAUUGGUGGCCGCUCUCACGCCGCUGUUCGCUCCUCCGUCGUCGGCAAGCACACUCAUCCCCCCCCCCCCCUUGUUUUUCGUUUCCCAGCACUACCCCCAAGACAAGAAAUGCAACAGAGUAGUGUUUUAUUUUUUAUUUUAUUAUUUUAUUAUUUUAUGUUUUUGCCAAUGCCCCUAUUUCUCCUGAGAUAUUUAUUCCACGUUCCAAAAAAGACGCACUCUUAACCACUAUGGACACCGUGUUGGUCUGACAGGGUUCAGUAAUCUAAGGCAAUACGUCUCCCCACAGCUGAGGAGCUUUAAUUGGUUAAAAUAAAUAAAUAAAUUGUCUUGUAUGCAGCCCACUAAAUGUCGACGUCCACAGCGCAGAGUCGCGGUCCGUUUGGAGCGUGGUCAUCACUUGAAGAGCUGAAGGCGUCCGGUAGAGAUGAGGUUCCGCUAAGUCGACCACGGGAAUUGGCCUUUUUUUUUUUUAGAUGCAGGGAACUUAAACAGUGUUAGCAGAACAAGUGGUGUGUUCUUCAUGCGUUGCCAGGGACCAAGGGAGGAUGAAGCAAGCAGAACCCGGUUCUAACAUCAUUGUCACCACACGCUCUGAACGGGCUGCACCAGAAAUGUGUCAAUGUGACGCAAACGCGUGUUGCUGGAGUUACAUUUUUUAGAAAAAAAACUCAUGAGUGAACGUGAACGUCCACCAGAUUUUCUGUCUGUGCCACAUCAUCAGAGUGUGGUGCCUUCCUGUAGCGUGUUGUGUUCAGGCGGCAACACGCGAGGGUGUCGAGUCUGUUGUGCCCGUUCAGAGUGUGUGGCGCUGUGUGUGUGUGUGUAGCUCAGCCUUGGUCUCUGUUAUAAAUGAUAGGUUCAACAGAUGUAAUUAUAAUGUAAGCUGGCACAAAAAUGUUGAUAUAGGCUCCAGGUGUUUUUACCAAAAUCUUUUUUUUUUUUUUUUUCUUCAUUAUUUCUGUUGUGCUGUUUUUUAUUAUUUUAUUUUAUAUAUAUAUAUAUAAAUAUAUUAAAAAAAAAAAAAAAAAAGGUUACUUUGACUCUUUUUACAUUUAGGGGUCGGAAGUCAUCUGAACUCUCGCCUGCCAGUUUAUAUACCAAGAAAACCUUUGAUUGGUUUAGUUGAAUAAAAACCUCCAAUGGCAGAGAGACUGUUCGGCAAAGAUUAUUUGUGAUUGGCUGGUUCUUGUUUUUCUUUACUGGUGGCUUAGAGUUGGGUUGAUGUCCAGCCCAAGUCAGUAUAAUUAAUAUAACCCAUUGUUGUUUUGGUGCAAAACCAAAUGCUUUGUCUAAAAGUCUUUGUUCUUUGUAUAUGCAUUCUUUUCAAAAAUAUUAAACUUAUACCUUAAUUGCCUUUA